GCUUAGACUAUUUGAACAGGAAGGCGGACAUAUUUGUGAGAGGGCUCCCUCCUUGAUUAGCUACCGUACUGAGGCGAUAGUGACUACCCUGCUGCUUUGUACUUUUUGCCUUCGCUCAUCUCUGCAGUUGGAAGGAGCUUGCAUUUUUUUCCCCCCCGUUCCCUUUUCCCCCCCCCCCCCCCCCUACCCCCACCCCGGCGCCACGACGGACCGAGGUGGGGCAGCAGCAGCGGAGCAGCGGAACUCUGGCAAGCUGCACCUACUCCUCCGGGACUUUUGAAUCCCGGUCAGCAUCGGGGAGACGAAGGGGGAGAGAAACGCAGCGACCGGAGAAGCCGCGACAGAGGAGAGAAAAGGGAGCGAGGAGAGGAAGAAAGCAUCUCAACCGUUACGCGGUGGCCGAAGACAACUCGCGCAUCUGGAGAGCGAAAGCGGAGGCGUCGGCUUGCUUUCCCUGACCCAGAAGUUGGGGGCUAGCGGGGCCUCUGAGGCGGCUCGCCCGCGCUAACCUCCGCCGUGGCUUGAGUACGAAAUGAAGCCGUGCGCCUCCUCAGGCCCGAGUCUCGGUGGAGGGAGCAGCUGGAUGACGCUCCGCUGAGAAAGUUUCCUGUUUUUCAUGGUAGGCCUCGCGCUUUUCCUCCACCCCUUCUUCCCUUCUUUCAAAGCCGCUGCUGUGCAGCUAAUACCCAAAGAGAAGCGGGAGGAACCGCUACGCUGAUCGGGGGAGGAAGAAAAAAAAAUGUGGUUCCUUCGACGCAGGGCCUCGGGCUGGAGACGAGAGCGCACCGGCGGGCCAGGGAGCACAGCCUAAGAGACUCCGCGGGGCAAACCGAGAAGGCGGCUCCCCCAGGACCGAGCAGCGCCCCACUUCCCGUUUUCGACGUUCGCUUUUGUCGCGCGACGAUGUGUAACGGGGGGAGGACAAGGGACGACCCCAGCCAGUCUCCGGCUCUUCUCUGAGAGGGAGAGCUCAGGGAGACCAACCCCCCCCCCCUCCUCCUCCAGAUUUGAUUUCCUGUGGAUUAAGGAAGACCGCCUCGAACUUCAGCAUUAUGUCGACAGGAGAAAGCUUUGAGUCCCGGUUUGAAAAAAUCGGGAUGAUGAUAAAAGACCCCAAAUCUGAAGUGAAUUCGGACUGCUUACUGGACGGAUUAGAUGCCUUGGUAUACGAUUUGGAUUUUCCUGCUUUAAGAAAAAAUAAAAACAUAGACACAUUUUUAACCAAAUACAAAGACACAAUAAAUAAAGUAAGAGAUCUCCGAAUGAAAGCUGAAGAUUAUGAAGUAGUAAAAGUGAUUGGUAGAGGAGCAUUUGGAGAAGUUCAGUUGGUAAGACACAAGUCAUCACGAAAGGUCUAUGCCAUGAAACUUCUCAGCAAAUUUGAGAUGAUAAAAAGAUCAGAUUCUGCAUUCUUUUGGGAAGAGAGAGAUAUCAUGGCAUUUGCAAAUAGCCCUUGGGUUGUUCAGUUAUUUUAUGCAUUCCAAGAUGAUCGUUACCUUUAUAUGGUGAUGGAAUAUAUGCCUGGUGGGGAUCUGGUAAAUUUAAUGAGCAACUACGAUGUCCCUGAAAAAUGGGCAAGAUUUUAUACAGCAGAAGUUGUUCUUGCAUUAGAUGCCAUUCACUCCAUGGGUUUUAUUCACAGAGAUGUAAAACCUGAUAAUAUGCUGCUGGAUAAAUCUGGUCAUUUAAAACUAGCAGAUUUUGGUACCUGUAUGAAAAUGAAUAAGGAAGGUAUGGUACGAUGUGAUACAGCUGUUGGAACUCCGGAUUAUAUAUCCCCAGAAGUAUUAAAAUCACAAGGUGGUGAUGGCUAUUAUGGACGAGAAUGUGACUGGUGGUCAGUUGGUGUUUUUUUGUACGAAAUGCUUGUGGGGGAUACACCUUUUUAUGCAGAUUCUUUGGUUGGAACAUAUAGUAAAAUUAUGAACCACAAGAAUUCUCUUAGCUUCCCUGAUGAUAAUGAUAUUUCUAAAGAUGCAAAAAAUCUUAUUUGUGGCUUUCUAACAGACAGGGAAGUUAGAUUAGGAAGAAAUGGUGUGGAAGAAAUCAAGCGACAUCCAUUUUUCAAAAAUGAUCAGUGGUCUUGGGAAAAUCUUAGAGACACCGUAGCACCUGUUGUACCUGAUUUAAGUAGUGAUAUUGACACUAGUAACUUUGAUGAUCUGGAGGAAGACAAAGGUGAAGAAGAAACAUUUCCUAUACCAAAAGCUUUUGUUGGCAACCAGCUACCUUUUGUAGGAUUUACUUAUUAUAAUAAUCAUCAGUAUUUAUCCACCUGCACACCUAAUUCGAAUGACAACAGAACAAGUACCAACGUAGAUAAAAACUUGCUAGAAUCUUUGCAAAAAAAUAUUUAUCUGCUUGAAGAACAGCUCCAUAAUGAAAUGCAGCUAAAAGAUGAAAUGGAACAAAAAUUCAGAACAUCAAAUAUUAAACUAGACAAGAUAAUGAAGGAACUAGAUGAAGAGGGAAAUCAGAGAAAAAAUUUGGAAUCAACAGUUACUCAAGUAGAGAAGGAAAAGAUGCUCUUGCAACAUAGAAUUACUGAAUAUCAAAGAAAAGCUGAACAGGAGAAUGAAAAACGUCGAAAUGCAGAAAAUGAAGUGUCAACAUUAAAAGAUCAGCUGGAAGACUUAAAAAAAAUUAGUCAACACUCACAUAUUACAAAUGAAAAAAUUACACAGUUGCAAAAGCAGCUUGAAGAGGCCAAUGAUUUGCUGAGAACAGAGUCAGAUACUGCAGCAAGACUAAGGAAAAGUCAUACAGAAAUGAGCAAGUCAAUAAGUCAAUUUGAAUCAUUAAAUAGGGAGUUGCAGGAGAGAUGCAGAAUUCUGGAAAACACAAAAUUGCAGGUGGAAAAGGAUUGUUUCCAGCUACAAGGAGCCCUGGAAGUAGAACGAAGAGAUAGGAGUCAUGGAUCAGAAAUUAUUGGAGAACUACAAGCUCGGAUUACAUCUUUACAAGAAGAAAUCAAAGGUGUGAAAAACAAUCUUGAGCGAGUAGAAGAAGAAAGAAAAAAGGCUCAAGACAUGCUCAAUCACUCUGAAAAGGAGAAGAAUAACUUAGAAAUAGAUCUAAACUACAAACUUAAAAUGGUACAACAACGUUUAGAGCAAGAAAUAAACGAACACAAUAUAAACAAAGCUCGGUUAACUGACAAGCAUCAAUCAAUAGAAGAGGCCAAAUCUGUUGCUAUGUAUGAAAUUGAAAAAAAGGUAAAGGAAGAACGAGCAGCAAGAGAGAAGGCAGAAAAUAGAAUAGUUCAGAUUGAAAAACGAUGUUCCAUGUUAGACUUUGAUCUGAAGCAAUCACAACAGAAGAUUGAGCACCUUACUGAACAGAAAGAGAGACUGGAAGAUGAGGUUAAGAAUCUGGCACUUCAAUUGGAACAUGAGAUAAAUAAAAGAGUGAUGACACAGAAUGAACUGAAGAUGCAUGCUAUAGAAGCAGAUAGUUUAAAGAGUUCUGAGAAACAGCUAAAACAGGAGAUUAACACAUUGUUGGAAGCAAAAAGAUUAGCAGAAUUUGAGUUGGCUCAGCUGGCUAAGCAAUACAGAGGGAAUGAAGGCCAAAUGCGUGAACUACAAGAUCAACUAGAGGCUGAACAAUAUUUUUCUACACUUUAUAAAACUCAAGUUAAAGAACUCAAAGAAGAAAUUGAGGAAAAAAAUAAAGAAACGCAGAAAAAAAUACAAGAACUGCUAAAUGAAAAAGAAGCUGUUGUCACACAGUUAGAUCUGGCUGAAACAAAAGCUGAAUCUGAACAAUUAGCCCGAGCUCUCCUUGAAGAACAGUAUUUUGAACUAACACAAGAGAGUAAGAAAGCAGCAUCACGAAAUAGACAAGAAAUUACUGAUAAGGACAAUAUUGUCAGUCGGCUUGAAGAAACAAAUAAUACAUUAACCAAAGAUGUGGCCUUUCUAACAAAGGAGAAUUCUGAGUUAAAUGGAAAUAUUAAAAAACUUGAAGAAGAGUAUAUAUUGAAAAAAGAAGAGGAAUUCAACACAAUUAGAACACAGUAUGAAAAAAACCUGAACUAUGAAAGAACACUUAAAACACAGGCUGUGAACAAAUUGGCUGAGAUUAUGAAUCGAAAAGAUUUUAAACUAGAUAGGAAGAAAGUAAAUAUGCAAGAUUUCAAGAAAAAAGAGAAGGAAAACCGAAAGUUGCAGUUGGAACUUAACCAGGAAAAGGAGAAAUUUAAUCAGAUGGUAAUAAAAUAUCAAAAGGAACUUAAUGAAACGCAAGCGGUAAGACUUUUUAACAUAAUUAUCAAAUAUUUUAGUAAAUUGUUCCAUGUUAGACCAGUUACACAGGGUGAUGUUUAUAGAGCAGAAACUGAAGAAAUACCCAAAAUAUUUCAGAUCCUAUAUGCCAAUGAGGGAGAGUGUAGAAAAGACUUGGAAGUAGAAUCAGUACAGCCAGCAGAGAAGACAAAUUUUCUGCAUCAUAAAGGGCAUGAAUUUGUCCCAACUUUAUACCAUUUUCCAGCCAAUUGUGAGGCUUGUGCCAAGCCUCUAUGGCACGUAUUUAAGCCACCCCCUGCAGUGGAAUGUCGGCGAUGCCAUGUUAAAUGCCACAAAGAUCACUUGGAUAAAAAAGAAGAAUUAAUAGCACCAUGUAAAGUAAGUUAUGACAUAACUUCAGCAAGAGACAUGUUGCUGUUGGCGUCCUGUCAGGAAGAUCAGAAGAAAUGGGUUUCUCAUUUAAUAAAGAAGCUCCCCAAAACACCACCAUCUAGUUUUGUUCGUGCUUCACCGAGGACUCUUUCCACAAGAUCUACAGCGAAUCAGUCAUUCAGGAAAGUUAAAAAUACUUCUGCAAAAGCUAGGUCAAAGGAAUAUGGAUCUGUGGGGGACAUUACUCAUUCAGAGAAUUCAAGUUACUGUUAACAGUAGAUGCAAGCUUCACGGAUCAUGGUGCAGUCUGAGAAUGGUGGACUUUUUUCACCAUAUAGAAGUGUUCAGACUGGUUGUUCUUUCCGAUACAACUUUCACAAGCUUCAGGGCUAAGACUGCUGUUACUCACUCCUCCUUGCUUUGGCAUAAAAAGCUCGCUGAGGGUAUCUUAUUGCGGGUUUGCCUUAAGGUAGAUUAGAUUAAUUAUUACUAUGUAAUGCAAGUAAAAGCAAAUAAAGCUUAGGAUUAGUGCUGCCUUUAGAAAUUCCUGAAAAAUAAAUGCUUGUCAAUCUUAAUGGAAUGUGGUAAGCUUUUCUCAUAUCAGUGAGAAUGAGAGAACUAUUUACCCUAUGAGAGGGGUAUUUAUAUUGGGAUAAGCACAUAGGCUUGAAUAUGGAAAGAAGGUAUCUCAAACUGAGAGAAGCUGAAAUUUUCAUGGAAGACUCGAAGUUGUGCUAAAGCAGCAAAAUUUGCUUGAAAACAAAGCCUUAUGUAAUCACUUGAACUUCAGUGCCUUUUCUGUAUUGUUAUUAAUGCUAAUCAUUCGUGAUAGCUCAAAGUAUUACACGGUUUGCUUUACAAAAUAUUAAUUUCACAUAUUGGUAAAGGAGGAGAAAAUGAGUAAUUAAGAUAAUCUAUGCAUUAUUGCCAAGCCAUACAGAAUUGUUUUUCAAGUGGCGUUAGAAGUAACUGUUAAAACAACGAAGUUUUGAAGUGUAUUUCGGUUCAUAAUUGUUCAGUUGUGUUUGUAUAACAUGUUUCAUUUAAUAAUUUGAAGUGUGAAUCACAGUAAGCAUACACAUAUGUAUAUGUAUGCUCCGUUUAACAUGUAAAUUAUUGUUAGAAUAUUUUUAUUGGUUGUUGUUGCCCUUUUAGUGCCUUAUUCUGAGAAUUCUUUUACUGCCAUGUCAAAUGAGUUUAGAAAUUUAAAAUACCUAUUGCUGUUGUCAGUAGUUUUAUUGAUUGAAGUAUUGUAGGAUCUAGCUCCAUUUUCAGUUGUACAAUCUUGAAUAAAACUGUUGGUUACCACAAGAUAAUUUAAUCAUAAUACAAAUAGUAAUAAACACUUUUACAGUGAAAACAAGUUAAAUCUCUUAACAUGUUAAAAUUCCAGGUAAUACAGGAGUUGAAUACUUUUUAAAUUUUUGUCUUGUAGCAGGAAUAUUAUGGUAUUAACCGUAUGAUUUAUUUUAUUUCUUAACCAAAUACCUCUUUAGUAAUUUAUAAUGGCUUUGCAGUUAUGUAUUAAAUAAGAAGCACUGGAAAAAAUGAUUCGUCUUCAUGGCGAUUUGCAUGUUUCAAGUGGUGUUGAAAGCCUUAGCAAUAGAUAUGCAAUAAGCAUAUCUGUUAAUCCAGCAGUAAUGACUCGUGCUCAUUUAAUACAAAAUAAAACUAAUUUAUGAAAUAAUUAUUUUGAAAAUGACUGUGGUAUUUUCUCCAGAAUACAGUUCCUAGGAAGAUUUGUUAUACUUUACAGAUGACCAAGUGUUAGCAUAUUUAAAUCUGAUGCUACUUGAUAAUUUUUUUAAAAUUAAAUUUUUAUAAUGUCAUACUACAUUUUAAUACAGGGUAAAAUAGUAGAAAUCGCAUAGGAUAUUAAAGUACUUGUUUUGAUAAUUAAAUUGUUAAAACCAUUUACUAAGCACAUAAUGAUUUCCAUCAGAAGCCUUAUACCAGGUACACAGCUCUUACAAUAUUAUAUUUACAUGAAUUUUACUUUAUGCAUAAACCAUCAUUGUUAAUAAAAAUAUGUUACAUUGAUUUCUGCCAUCUGGAAAUCAGUGGUAUUGCUCUGUUACUAUAUACAAAUAAUAUGGACUCUAGCAAAGCUUAGGUGGGUAAUAAGAAUUGAGAGAAGAUUGACAAUGAAUGCUGAAAAGUUAAAAGAGGUUAGGAAAGUGUAGUUAAAGAAGGCCAGAGAAAUUUGAUUUUGUCAAAGCGGUCUGAGAAAAGAGGAGAGUGUUUGAGAUAAGAAGGCAAAAGACUGUGGGAUGACUGACAUGUAGUAUGAGAAGAUCAGCAAGUGGAAAGAAGGAACGGGGGGAGGACUGGUGUGCUUGAGAUAGUACAAAGCCAAAGAGAUGGGACGAAUAGGCAUAGAACUGUAAAGUUUUGUUAACUGAUUCAGAGCUUGGAAAAGGGUCCACAGAUUGGUUAGACAGACUGAUAGUCUAUAGCAGGGAUGUCAAACUCAUGGCCCACAGGCCGGAUGUAUCAUGCACUAGUCACCCCACCCCUGGUUUAGCAAAGGGGAGAAAAGUUGCAAUACAUCACGUGACGAUAUGACACUGCGAGUUUGACACCUCUGGUCUAUAGUGAAGAAGAAACUUACCUCGAGAAAAAACUGAGAAGAUAACCAAGGAUAUGGUUACUGAAUUUGUUUGCUUCCUGGUUAAAACCAGCAGAGUGAAAAUAUAUGGAAUAUUUUGAGCUUGAAUUGCUCUACAAUAUUCAAAAUGGAAAACAGCUGCCCAAGCUGUUGUACAAGAGUUCUGAUCUCUAAAUGGUACCAUUUUGAAUUGGAAACAUUUUGUCAGAAUAAUGGCAGAAUGUUUCUAAUAAGGUUCAGAACAACCCAUUUCAAUCUUGAAUUGUUUUAUAUUCUUCUAAUUAAAACUUUAAAAUUAAGGGGUUUUUAAAAAGCAAAAUGACUGUUUCCAUUAAGACAAAAUAGAAUAAGUUUGAUUUUAAAAAAAGAAGGUUGCAAUUUUCAGUGUUCUUACCAUUAUUUACAAUUUCAGUAAAUGGGAUGAGUGAUACCUAACAGGAAGACAGAAAUAAUCUAAACCAUGCAUACCCAAAUAGUAGCUUAAUAACACCAGAACUGACAUAGAAUUAUAUAUUAUAGGGAGAGGUAUAUUAAUGCAGAACAAUAUUAGCCCAUCUAUGGAAUGUUGCCAUGCAUUCUGGAGAAUUAUGCCUAAGCCCAAAAUUUAGAGUGCUCAAUUUGUUCAAUCUCCAGGGGCUAUUUUUUAUAACAUUGAAGAAUUCAUUCCUGUUAUGUGUAAUUGUAAUCAACUAAUCAUGCCUGGUUGUGAAUUUGGUGUUAAGUCCCUCCCUGCAGUGUCAGUAAAAUAUGUGUUUUAAUGCAACAAUUUCAACUGUAUAAUGUAUCAUAUUCUGUAUUUUUAGUACUGUUAAAUUUUCAUUUUGAUGGUUGGUUCUUUGGUAUUCCUCAACCCAUAUGUAUAUAUUUGUCACCUUAUAAAUCCAUGUCAUGAAUCAUUUGGAGUAGCUGUUGCCUGUAAAACAUUAUGCUGCAAUAAAAUAAACCAAUGAAUCUUUGAAUUGCCAA